AUGGAGCUCAAUUAUCUUCUAGAGACAGAGGAGCUGUUCUGGAAUCAGCGCUCUAGGUCUGAUUGGCUGAGGGAUGCGGACCGCAACACAGCUUAUUUCCACAUCCAGGCUACCAAUCGGAGGUGGAAGAACACCAUAUAUGGUCUCUAUAAUGAUCAUGGUUGUUGGAUUACUGCGAAACAAAAUGAGUUCCUCUGUCGUUCUCCUAGUGAAGAAGAAAUCAAAUCUGCGCUCUUCAGUAUUGGCUCUCUAAAAGCGCCAGGUCCGGAUGGCAUUGUUGCCAUUUCCUACCAAAAAUGUUGGGCUGAAAUUGGUAGCGAGUUCCCUAUAUUUAUUAAAGAAAUCUUCCAGAACCCCGAAAUGAUUAGAGAAGUGAAUGACACCAUCCUUACCCUCAUUCCGAAGGGGGAGAAAGUCAAAUUAGUGAGGGAUUUAUGGUCGAUUGGCCUGAUGAAUGUUCCAUACAAAGCUAUGGUUAAAGUCAUUGUGAACAGAUUAAAAUCUUUGAUGGACCAAUUACUCACUCCUCUCCAAAAUGCUUUUACUCCUGGCAGACACAUUCAUGAUAAUCAUACCAUUGUGGUAGAGGUUGUUCAUAGUUUAAAUCACUUGAAAGGGAGACCUGGUUGCUUUGCUUUGAAAUUGGACCUUUCCAAAGCCUACGAUAGGAUGGAAUGGAAAUUUCUUGAGUGGGUUCACAGACAAAAGGGGUUUCUCUCCCUCCUCCUGUAA